UCUGUGUUGAUCAUGGAAGGUGGUUCAAUGUGGCUACUCUAUGUUUUUGGUGCUCUUCUUGUCCUAAGAUUUCUGCUGAGAAAUGUAAACUGGUUUCUCUAUGAACAGAAACUGGGUGAAAAACAAUACUUUCUUCCCCCUGGUCAUAUGGGGUGGCCCUUAAUCGGCAACAUGUGGUCCUUCUUUAGUGCUUUAAAGACCAAUAACCCUGAGUCCUUCAUGGACUCCUUUUACACCAGAUAUGGAAAAACUGGGAUAUACAAGGCAUUGAUGUUUGGAAAUCCAAGUGUGAUAGUCACAACACCGGAAGCAUGCAAAAGGGUGUUGACAGAUGAUGGCAAAUUCACUGUUGGAUGGCCUCGUGCCACAGUAGAGUUGAUGGGAAAAAAGUCUUUCAUUUCAAUAUCCUACGAAGAACACAAACACCUUAGACGUCUAACAUCUGCUUCCAUCAAUGGCUAUGAAGCACUAUCCGUUUACAUUACAUAUAUUGAAGAAGCUGUGAUAAGUUCAUUGGAGAAAUGGACCACCAUGGGAGAUAUUGAGUUUUUGACUGAACUGCGAAAGCUUACUUUCAACAUCAUUACACAUAUUUUUCUUGGUGAAGGAAAAGAAGAUGCACAUGCUAUGGAGAUUUUAGAAAAAGAAUUUACUGCAGUUAAUUAUGGACUUAGAGCUAUGCCAGUUAACCUUCCUGGAUUUGGAUUUUAUACAGCACUUAAGGCAAGAAAAAAUCUGGUGGCCAUAUUUCAUCCUGUUGUGGAUAAACGAAUAAAAGAAAGGAAGGAAAAGUUUCCCAGAAAAAAGGCCAAAGAUAUGAUGAAUGCUUUGAUAGAUGUUGAAGAUGAAAAUGGAAAGAAAUUGAGUGUUGAUGACAUCACUGAUAUCUUGUUGAUGUACUUGAAUGCUGGUCAUGAAUCAUCAGGACAUAUUACCAUGUGGGCAACCUAUUUCCUCCAAACUCAUCCACAAUACUUCAAGAAGGCUAAGGAAGAACAAGAACAAAUUCUAAAGAAAAGGCCUCCAACGCAGAAAGGGUUGUCAUUAGCAGAAGUUCGGAAGAUGGAAUAUCUAUCCAAGGUGAUUGAUGAAACACUGCGACUGAUCUCAUUCUCACUUACGGUCUUUCGGGAGGCAAAAUCUGAUGUCAAUAUCAAUGGUUACUUGGUUCCAAAGGGUUGGAAAGUAAUGGUCUGGUUCAGGUCUGUUCACCUUGAUCCCGAGAUAUAUCCUAAUCCAAAAGAGUUUAAUCCUGAGAGAUGGAAUGAAUUGCACAAGGCUGGAGAAUUUCUUCCGUUUGGAGCAGGAAGCAGAUUUUGCCCCGGAAAUGACCUUGCCAAACUGGAAAUCUCAGUUUUCCUGCAUCAUUUUCUGCUGAAUUACGAGCUUGAACGCCUUAAUCCACUUGCCCCUAUGAGAUUCCUUCCUCACCCAAGACCCAUUGACAACUGCAUGGCAAGGAUCAACAAAGCGAAGUAAUUAUGGUCUGCUACAUAGAUCCUUGCAUGGAAAAAGAUUAUGGUCUUCUUCGUAUCAAGCUUCACAUCAAUAAGAGCAGGGAUCUAAUCUAAUGAAACUUAUUUCUUCAUCGUAUCAAACUUUCAUUUCUUGUUGCUGUCUUGUCAGGUUUAUCAA